AUUUGUUGUUUAUGACUUUAUGUACAGUGUGCUCAACUGGACAGUUUUCCGGUUGUGAGUUUUGCGUUUUCUGCUAACAUUUUACUGCUUAAUAACUUCAAGCAAUGUCUCAAGUGGAAAAUAUGCGUCAAAUGGUCGCCACCAAACUUAAUGGGAUUGAACGUUACAACCCUGAAAAUUUGGUGCUCUUGGAGCAAUAUGUGGAAAUGCAAGUGCGCGAGAACACCUAUGACCUGGAGGCGAACCUUGCCAUCUUGAAAUUGUACCAGCUUGACCCGACCAAGUACAACUUGGACAUCGUGUGCCUGAUCCUCAUGAAGGCCGUCACAAAUUUCCCGCACACAGACUUGACACUAUGCAAAUGUCUGUUGAGUGACAGAAAUAUGCAAGACACGCAGGUGAGCAACAUCGUUUUCCUCGCGGACAUCCUUGAGCGAUGCGACUUCCAGCAGUUCUGGACGAAGGUGAACUCAAUGCCUGACUUGUGCUCCAAAAUCACUGGGUUCAACGACUCAAUUAGAAAAUUUGUUUGCCAUGUUGUUGGAAUUACAUUCCAGACCAUCAGCAAGCCACUACUGGCCAGACUGUUAGGAGACAUUGAUGACAACAGCCUUGUCAUGUGGAUCAGAAAGAACAACUGGAAGGAAGUCGAAAACAACAUGGUGCUCAUUGCCAACCAGGAUGACAACAUCAAGACUAAGAAUAUCACUGAAAAAAUCAACUUUACCGAUGUUUCUGCCAUUAUGGCGUCCUGCCGCUGAGGUUUUCAAAAUUAAAUGUACUGUGGUUAUGGCAAUCAGCAAGUUAUUUAAACACCCACAAGCUGAAUAAAGAAACGAAACAAAUCAUUUAAA